AUGUACAUUCCUUUCAUUCUCGCCGCUCUUGCGGCUCUUACAUCUGCGCUUCCCUCGCCGCAAUUGAUUGAUCUGGUUGCCAUCGAAGAAUAUCCUGACGCAGUCCGCGUGACCGCGCCCAUCGAUAUUGUCAAAGACGUUGUACCAUCGGUCCCUGCAGCGCCCAUAAGACCACUCACCAGCAUCAUCUCGUCUUCAAAGCGGGACUUGACGGUGGAGAAGCGAGAUGGCGAUUGUUCACCCUACCCUACAGGGUCCGGGCCUGUACCCUCCCCUGAUACCGUGGACGCGUUCGAAUCUUUCCCAACGUUUGCAGCAAUGGCAACCGCUGCACCAACCCCCGACGGUUACGAGGUUGUUUUCAUUAACUCGAACGCCUCCUUGACUGCUUCAGAUUACAUGGGACUCUACACCCUUACCACCUACGACACCCUCGGAUGCGCUUCGCAAUGCGACCAAGCAUCUGGCUGCCAAGCAUUCAACAUGUACAUUGAACGAGACCCGAGCUUGAACGCUAGCGCCGACAAUUGCCCAAAUCCACCGAGCACGACUAACUACAAAUGCACGCUCUGGGGCGCGCCUGUAUCGUCGUCAUCGCUGGCUCUAACGCCUACAACAAAGACGCCCCUCCCCCCAGCUUGCGAUGGCUACAACGGCCCCACUGAACUCGGCGGUGCAAUCAACGCCCCACCCUCUUCCGGUAGCUAUAUGGGCUACCAAUAUUUUCCCUUCAGCCAGAGCCAAGGCUAUGAUCCGCAAACGUGUGCCGAUGCGUGUAAUGCGCAGACGACGUACGAUAGCGAGAACCUAGCCGCGGAUGGUAGUUACAUGGCAUGCAUUUUUUUCAAUGCCUAUGUCCUAUCUGAGGAUGGCAUUCCCCAAGGGCUGUAUUGCUCGAUGUACAAUGAGACGUGGGAUGCGUCGUAUGGGACGAACUACGGACAGUACCAGGGAGAUGAUCGGUAUACUGUUUCAAGAUCUUAUAGCUACGCGCUUAUGUAA